AUGGCUUGCGGUGCCGUGAAAAUGAAAGAAGCGGCCCCCACGGAUCCUGGCUUCUCCUACGCGCCGCGCCUUUCGCAACCUCCGAGCACUGGAGGCCAGCCGCAUCCUGACUUUCAGGCGGAGCACGAUGCGGCACUGUCCUUCACGGAGUUCUGCCGACCUGGCCGCUACGGAACCAUCUCCCGGGACCCAGUGGCAAGGACAUCUGACGAGUUCAAAGCCGUGACGAGCUACUUCUUGAGCACCCUGGGCUUAGGCGAAGAUCUCGAAGUGAAGGAGCUUCGGAGGCUGCAAAACGGGAAGGUUCUCCACCGCUUCGCGUGCAGCGGAGAUGUGACCCUCAUGUUCCACGGUUGCAGGACGCAAGCCAAUGAGGCGAAGAUCCUUCAGGAAGGCUUCAAAGUGCGAUGCUGCAGCAGCGGCGGUGCAAACUACGGUACAUGGUUUGCAUACAACGCCCGCUACAGCAACUCUGGCUUCGUGUUCAUGGAUGCUGACGGGUUCAUGCACAUGUUCAUUUGCGUCGUGUCCUACCACUACACUGUGAUGGACAACGCAGAGAUGAGGGUCGUCGGCCAGGAUUGCGCCUACCCUCAGUGGCUGAUCAAGUACAAGGUGCCCCAGUACCGCUUCACCGCAAACUUGAGGAGGAAGGUGAAUGCUGGAAGCAAUCGGGUCUGGCACGUGGUUCGGGAUGGGAAGUGGGUGCGCGAGACCGUUGGCACAUGA